AUGCAAAAGAAACUACUGUCUGAAACAUUGGGCUCGAACUCUACUGAAGAAAUGUAUGACACCAACGACGGGAUUGAUCGCAUAAGAAGAGGACUUGGCAAAGCGAAAGUUCUGGUUGUUGUCGAUAAUGUGGACGAGAAGAAGCAACUUGAGAACCUGGCAGGAAGCUAUGAUUGGUUUGGGAGCGGAAGUAGGAUCAUUGUCACACUUAGGGACAUAAGGAUAAUACGAAAUAAAGACAACCAAAGGCAACCUAGCUUUUACAUGGAUUACUCAAUAAAGGAGAUGCCCUUUGAUUUAGCGAUUCAGCUUUUAGUAAGCAUGCCUUUAGAAGCGAUACUCCUCCAGUAA